AUUUCCACACGGGUUAUAUUCUCUUCGAGUGCGAUGACAGAGAAGUCCAUCUUGUGGUUUUCAUGUCUCAAACAUUCUACUGAUCUGUUUGGUAUAGAUAGGACGGCACUGAAGUCUAUCUUGUGACCUUUCAUGUCUCCAACAUUCUGCUCUAAUUGAGAGAGAGAGAGAGAGAGAGAGAGAGAGAGAGAGAGAGAUUUUCAGAGGAAAGAAUGGAGAGAGAUGAGCAAAAACAGCCACUGAUUCCGAGAGAGGGAGUGACCAGCAGAGAAGAGAUUUUCACUGAAGUGAAGAAGCAGUUGUGUUUGGCUGGGCCUAUAGUUUCAGUGAAUCUGUUACUAUGUUUCUUACAGAUGAUAUCAGUCAUGUUUGUGGGGCAUCUUGGGGAGUUGCCUCUUGCGGGUGCUUCCAUGGCUACCUCAUUUGCUUCUGUCACCGGCUUCAGCCUCAUGGUCGGAAUGGGAAGUGCACUGGACACAUUCUGUGGGCAGUCCUAUGGAGCAAAACAGUACCACAUGCUUGGCAUUUACUUGCAAAGAGCCAUGUUUGUUCUUUUAUUGGCCUGCAUCCCUCUUUCCUGUAUUUGGGCCAAUACGAGUCAAAUCCUUCUAUUCUUCGGCCAGGAUCCAGAAAUUGCAGCCGAGGCCGGGUCCUAUGCCCGUUACUUAAUUCCAACGAUUUUCGCGUACGCGAUCCUGCAGUGUCACGUUAGGUUCCUGCAAGCCCAAAACAAUGUUGUCCCAAUGAUGCUGAGCGCUGGAUUCACUACAUUGUUACAUGUUUUCAUCUGUUGGGUUUUAGUAUUUAAAUCGGGUCUUGGAAAUAAAGGCGCAGCAUUGGCUAAUGGUAUUUCUUAUUGGGUCAACGCAAUAUUGUUGGCGGUUUAUGUUCGGGUAUCUCCUUCUUGUAAGAAGACUUGGACAGGGUUUUCCGCGGAGGCGUUGCAUGAUGUUAUGAAAUUCGUUCGGCUUGCUAUUCCUUCGGCCAUUAUGAUUUGCUUGGAAAUCUGGUCAUUUGAAAUGAUGGUUCUCUUAUCCGGUCUCCUCCCUAAUCCGAAGCUAGAAACCUCUGUUCUUUCUAUCUGCCUCAAUACAUGUUCUGUUGUUUACAUGAUACCCCUCGGACUCAGUGGUGCUACAAGCAUCAGAGUUUCCAAUGAAUUGGGUGCUGGGCGACCACAAGCAGCCCGUUUAGCAGUAUGCGUGGUGGUGUGCUUGGUUGUUGCCGAAGGCGUUAUUGCAGGAGCUGUCUUGAUUCUGGGGCGUCACGUUUGGGGAUAUUGUUACAGUAAAGAAGAAAAGGUAGUAAGAUAUGUGGGACAGAUGAUGAUAUUGCUUGCUGCAUCCCACUGGUUGGAUGGUCUUCAAUCUGUUCUUUCAGGAACUGCUAGAGGAUGUGGUUGGCAAAAGAUUGGUGCUUUUGCUAAUUUGGGAGCUUAUUAUCUCAUUGGUAUACCUGUUGGUAUAACAUUAGCCUUUGUUUGCCACAUUGGUGGAAAGGGACUCUGGACUGGAAUUAUUGUGGCACUAUUUGCGCAAGCAUCAUUUCUCGCAAUCAUAACUCUAUGCACUAAUUGGGAGAAAGAAGCAAAGAAGGCUAGUGACAGGGUAUAUGGCUCAAUCAUACCUAUAGAAGCAUCUUCAGAAAGUUGAAUUAUGAGAGUGGAAUACCUUGUUGAAUGUUAGAAAUUGAAUUUGAAACAGCUUGGAAAAAUUGGAAGUGCAUCUAAGCAUGUCUAGUAACAGGGGAGAAGAGGUGUUUGUCAACAAACUUUGACAAGGGGGGUUUCGUCGUUUUCCAAACAUUGAGUGGAAAUAUGUAAUAAAAUCAAAACUCGAGGGGUGUAAUCAAAAUUUCCCCCAGAAGUUAUCAAAUCAGGAUAAUUAUGUUCUUUUGGUGAUCAUGUACUGCAUGCAGCAAACAUUUUCCCUACUUUCCCUUACCGCCUGCACAAAUCCCGAGCAGUUCACUCGUUCUCUCAAAACCCUACUUUUCCUCUCUCUCUCUCUCUCUCUCUCUCUCUCUCUUGGCCGAUGAAUUUCCAAUGAGCAGCAGAUCAGGCAAAAGGUCACGGGAGGUCAUUCCCUCCCACUCUUCCGGAAAAUCAGCUAUUUAUGGGACUGUUGGUGCAUUCAUAGGAAGGCCAGUGGAGCAACCACGGUCAUACGAGAGGAUUACCAGGGCCAGAUACGAGGAUAAGCAGACCGGCAGUUAUGAACGCUAUACCACAAAGGAGAAGGCCUCAAGCGGCGAGCGACAUGUGGAGAGAGGAACAAGACAGGUUGGUGUCAGGGAUGAGGUCAAGAAGAGCUCAACUGUCAAGGUUGGUGACAAAAGCGGCUACACGGAGUACCAGGUCGAGGAGAGGAUUCGACAUGUUGACUUUGGUCGGGGCAGUAUUACAAAUGGCCCAAACAACUAUGCCAGUUACAGCCAUGAUAGUGUUGGCGAUGAUGAUGACAAUGGUGAUUAUGGGUCUGGCUAUGCUGAUGUCAAUGCUGCCCCGAGCUAUGACUGUGAUGGCAGCUACAGCGAUGAUGAUUAUUAUUAGGGUUUAGUCCCCAUCAUCAUUAUGCUGUUAUUGUCCUCAGUAGAAGUAAUAUGCAGUUUAUGGGUCCUUUCUUGGUGGUUAUGUUUUCUUUCAGUGUUUCAGCACGGAAGUUCCUAGCUGUAAAUACUAGGCACUUUUAAUCUUUUAAGUUGAAUGGUUUAUAUUAUCUGAUGAGACGAAGUUAACUCUUACUACUAGUUUUUUAUCGGAAGUUAACUCUUACUAGUUAGAACUGUGAUUCAGAAAUUGCAGUGGCUGAAUUUGCUUUUCGAUUCUUCGGUUAUUAGUUCUUAGCGAAAACUUUCUGGGUUUGCAUGUAUCGGUGUUUGCACAAUGUGAAUUAAGUUGUGAUUACUUAUUAGUAGGUGUUUUCCGUGUUUGUUUAUCUAUUUCCUUGGGUCGAAAAGUGCGUCUGUGUAAAAAGUACGUGAGCGUCCUCUCACAUCACUUCUUGUCUAAAGUUAACUUCAAGCUCACUCCCUAUCUAUUCAUGAUCCAAAUAAUACUUCUCACUUUCUUUGUAUGCAUCUCAUCUCACUUUUCUUCCCCGAAACCAGCCAAAUGGGAAACAGAGUUUACAUUCAGAACCCCACCCCAUGUGAUGUGAACCAAUAAUACAUAUGUACAGUAUUACCUUUUCUCCUUUUUACCUACACCAACGAAUCUGCCUUUUGAACCUUAUCUCUUUCAAUAGCACCUCUAACCCUUUAAACGAGCUUCUACACAGUCUUUACUACCCUCUCACUCUCUCUCCCUCUCCCUCUCUCUCUCUCUCUCAAUCUCAAGCUCCAAGUCUUCGAAGGUGAGUUAAGAUUCUGUUCAAUUUUAAUUUCUAGUAGGCUACUGCGUCUUAUUACAAUUAUGUGCCCCGACCAUGGAAUAUCUGUUUAUAUAAGUAUAUGUACCGUGUUUAUCUGUUUAUAUAAGUAUGUGUACCGUGUUUGAGUACGUGAUAUUGUGAUCACCACAUAUGAAGUUAGUUUGUGCAACCAAGUGUUCAAUUCGAUAUGUUUGGAUUGUGUGAAGUUCUUCUUUCAGGAUCAGAAAAAGAUGAGCAAAUCCACCGGAAGUGAAGCAGUUGUGCCUGCAACCAUUGAGAGGACUGGAAUGCCGAAAGUAAUUACAGUGAGCGAUGCAAUGGUCAAGAUGCCAGGGGAGCGAUCGCAGGCCUACGAGUGGACUUCAAAGAUCAAUCGCGAGGACAAGCUGAGUGGCAGUUAUGAACGCUACACGGCGAAGGAGAAGGCUUCUCGAGGAGAACCACACGUGGAGAAAGGAACCGGACGAGUCGGUGUCAAGGACGAGUUUCAAAAGAGCACGACCGUCAAGUUUGGCAACAAAAAUGGCUACAGGGAGUACCAAAUUGAAGAGAGGCUUCGAGAUGUCAACUUUGGUGGGAGCAACAACGGAGAACAGGGUCCUAACAAAUACACAACGCGUGAUGAAAGUGACAGUGACAACAACGAAGAAAGUGACAGUGAUGAAAGUGACAGUGACAACAAUGAAGAACAGGGUCCUGACAAAUGUUCUACGCGUGAUGAAAGUGAUAGUGACAGUGACACUGAGGGUGGUUACAACUAUGAAAGUGACAAUGACACAGACGGUGGUUACAGCUAUAGCUACGACGAUAGCGAUGAUGAUGAUUAUUAGUAGAUUUAGGUAUCAUCUGAUGUGGCACUCAACAAUCCCCUGUGACAUAGCAAGUGACGCAUCUUAUGGUACCCAAAGUGUGGUAACUAAGUAUGGUCAUUGUAGCUGAAUUCGUUGUUCUUGUUUUCAGUUGGAAUGUGGAGAUUUUUUUUUUGAUCCGCGAAUGUGGAGAUUGUUAUGUUUAUUUUGAGUGUAUUUAUGGGUGCUUUCACUGUGGUAGUUCCUAGUAAAUAAACUGCUCGUUUGGAGGAGCAGAAGUUACCAGUUCUAAGUACUAGGCUCUUACAAGUGUUUGGGGGCCAGUUUCUGAUGUACCUGAAGCGUAACUUGGAAGGGUUUAAUGUGCUUUAAUGUAAUGUCCUGACUGCUCGAUGUAUUGCAUGAUUACUCGAGUAACUGUGGUCUGUUUGCAUUGCAUUA